AUGCUUACCGACUCAACUCUUACGGAAAGGAAUGCUAUUAGGAAGGAGCUCAAUGACCCGAAUCAUUCCUUGACACUUAGAAGGCCACAUGUCACAUUACGUCCGGCUACGAUACUGCCAUCUACCAAGGAGCCAGCUUUGGCAGAAGUAGUGCAAGAGUAUGUUAUGCUGAGAGAUGACAUCGAUACGGCUGUUGAUCAAUGGCUUCAUGAGAAUACAGAAGCCUCGCCUCUGGGAACCUAUCACAUCAUCACUAGCAGGUCGCCCCCACCGUCACCACUCAUUCAA